AUGGCCGUCUUGCCUCCGACCGUCCACCCGAUCGAGCCCCCAAGUGGAUCUCUGAUUGAUUUUGGAGCGCAGAUCGAGGGAAUCGACUUGGAAACCCUGUCCGACGAACAAUUCACCACCAUCCGCAACGCAUUAUAUCACCACCACGUCGUGGUAUUCAAAAACCAACGCAACAUCUCCCCCAAGGCCCAAUACGAACUCACCAAGCGCUUCGAUCCGCAAGCCGACAACUACGGCCACGGCAAGACGAUCGACGCCAAACGCAGCAUCCUCCACCCGGAUCUCAAAACCGUCCCGCACCAACCCCAAGUGCAAAUCAUCGGCAAUGGGUUCGUAGAGGCCUACGAGGGUCUAGAGAAUUUCCAACUACGACACCCACACCACCGCACAUUCCACAGAGACCAUAUCCCGGACGACAAGGACUAUGACUACACCCGGUUUUAUCGCUGGCAUAUCGACGCGGCCUUGUACGAUCUGAAUCCGCCGCAAGUAACGACCUUGCUCGCAGUGCGGGUCCCCAAGGGCCGCCGCCAGACCCUCCUAUACGAUGACGGGUCCGGUGAGACGAUGGACGUGCCACUGGGCACGACGGCAUUCGUGAGCGGCGAGAGAAUGUUCGAACUACUCUCCCCGGCCGAGCAGGAGUUUGUGCGGACGAGUAAGAUCGAAUACGCGCCUCACCCAUAUAUCUGGAUGAGUCCCGCACACUCCCGCUCCACGGGGUUAGGCCUACACUCCGAAGGCCUCGAGCUACCACCCACCGACCUACCCCCCAUCGAGCAAGACAAGAUCAAAAUCUUCCCCAUGCUCUGGAAGAACCCCAUCACGGGGAAACUAUCCCUCCAAAUCCACCCCUCCGCCAUCCGGCGGAUCCAUCUGGCCGACGGCUCGGUGAUAGACGAUCUCGAACGCGUCCGGGACAUCGUGUACAAGUUGCAGCGUCCGGGGAUUAGUCCGCAGUAUGUUUAUGCGCAUGACUGGGAAGAAGGGGAUUUGGUUCUGUUCAAUAACCGCGGUGUGUUGCAUUCGGUUGUGGGUGCGUUUAAGCCGGAGGAGGUCAGGUUGUUUCGGCAGUGUAAUCUUGCGGCUUCGGAACCGCCGGUGGGGCCUUAG